AUGGGCUAUUUGACUUACAUCGCAGAGGAGUACGGUUAUACCACGAGGAAACACAUCGGAAAUUGGAUUAACACCAGUAGAAGAUUGGUUAUUCUUAAGGAACAACUCGAUGACAUUUUUUAUGGUGCAAGUGAUCCAGACCUCGAAAAACCGAUCGUCAACUUGGACGCGGUGAGGAAAUUAACUUUUAAUACCGAUGAGGACUCCCCUGAGAAGGAAAAUCAGUUAUUAUCGACUCAGGAAAACGAUGAACAAUCAUCUCAGAGUCCAACAGAGAAAGAUGAACCAGUGAAGAAACUUACAAACAAUAAUGGAAGGGGACGAAAAGGAUCUUCUACCGAAAUUAAUGCAGAGCAGAAUGACGAUGGCAGUAAACUGAAGAAGACUAGGAAGAAAUCAACUUCGAGUAAAGAGAGUGUCGCGAAUUCUAAGAAGCAAAGAAGCAAAGAAAGGGAAGAAAAGCUUCCAGAAGAGUUGACUGAAAACCCCAAAGUAAAUUCUAGGUCCAGAAAACUUCGCGGAGCGUCGCAAACUGAAGAACAAGAUGAGAAAAAAGAUGAAGAGCAGACUGAUAGUCAAAUACCUGAAAAAGUCAAACCAGCUGCUAAAUCUGAGAAAGAUGAUUCAAAAACUCUAAAUUCGCAAAGGAGCAGAGCAUCUGGUUUAGCAUCGAGUAGGUAG